AAUGCACUUCAAAAAAUAAUGAAAAAGAAAUGAAAAUCAAAUUAUCUACGGCCGAGAACCGCCAUAGCCCGCAAUACUUAGAGGACUUAUCAUAGGCACUUAGCUAUACUUCAUAUAGGCUGAAUAGGCAUAAGCCAUUCAAAAUGGCGCGAAUAAGAAACAAUAGUUGGCAGGAUGAUUUGCAACUGAAGAAGGCUUUACAAAAUUAUAUAAAUAGCCGCUUAAAGCAUAAAGAAAUUCUUGACUUUAUGCAAAGAGACUUCAGCCAGUAUGCAUGGAGUUCUAGGACGUUAGAACGGCGAUUAAACCAUUUUGAAAUACGUUGUACCAACAGAAAUAUUUCAGUUGAUCAAGUUCGAAAUGCAGUUCAGGAAGAAUUACAAGGUCCUGGUAAACUGCUCGGUUACCGAGCCAUGCAUCAAAAAAUAAGACAGGUUCAUGAACUUGCUGUACCAAGGGAUCUAGUAUAUGAUGUUAUGUUUGAACUAGACCCAAAAGGAUUGGAAUGCAGAGCUCCAGGUUUUAAAACGAAAAAGAAGAAGGGCAAUUUCACGUCGCCCGGUCCCAAUUUUGUGCACUCACUCGAUGGUCACGAUAAACUAAUGGGCUUCCAGAAUAGUACUUUCCCUAUUGCAGUAUAUGGCUGCCUUGACACAUGUAGCCGAAAAGUACUGUGGGUGAAAGUGUGGAUGAGCAAUAGUGACCCAAAGCUGAUUGGCCGUUUUUAUCUGGAAUAUCUUUACAAUCAGCACACCAUUGCAAGCAUGUUAAGGGUAGAUAAAGGGACAGAGACUGGUACCAUGGCCACAAUGCAUGCAUACUUACGCCAGCAACAUGGCGAUAUGGAGGCUGGUGAAACUGUACUUUUUGGUCCAUCAACAUCAAAUCAGAUAGAACGGUGGUGGAAAGAACUACAUGAAAGGUUGGAGAAGUAUUAUAAAGCACCACUGUUAUGGCUUAAAGAUCAAGGGCAUUAUGAUCCUCAAAAUGAAACACACAGGUGUCUAUUGGCAUACAUAAUGGUCCCUUUGAUUCAGAAGGAAAUUGACAGUUUUGUUCAUCUAUGGAACAGCCACAGAAUAAGGAAACAGAGGGAUACGGUAUUGCCAGAUGGAAUUCCAAACCACAUAUAUGAUUUCCCAACAAAUUAUGGUCUUAGAGAAUGUGGUUGGAAAAUCAAUGAUAAUCAAAUUAGAGAAGUGGCAGAACUGUCAGGAGUAUUGGAAGUACAUGAUGACUAUCUAGACUCUGGUUUUAGGGCACAGUGUGAGAAAUUGCUUCCUGAACCAUCAAAUUUAAAGCCAUCAGAUUGUGAGACUGCCUUUCUUUUCCUAUGUGAACAUAUGCAACUGCAAACUGUAUAAUUUUUUGAGAGCUGUUUAUAGGUUGAUGUCAAAAUUAUUAAAAAUAGCAACAUGACUGUUUAGAAUAUUCAAUUUUGUGGCAUUAUGACAAUGUUUCAGGUUUUUUGAGUUAUUCUACAAAACAAAUUUCCCAAUCUGAAAUGACUAUUUUUGGCUCAUAAUCAUAUCAUAUUUAAACACCUAGGGCCACAAUUCACAAGCUGUAGUGCAUAAUAUUGUUAUUGCCUUUCAAAGGU